AUGAAUAGCAAUACCGAAAUCAUUAUUGUGGCCGUUCUAGUGUCAUUGCUAGUAAUUUCACUUACAUAUCUCACAUAUCUAGUUGUUAUUCUACGUAGGAAGAACAAAAAUAAGGAGAAGAACGAAGAUUUAGCACUCGAGAACGGCAAAUUGGAAGUUGACAUUAGCUCUGAUGAUCAGUUACCCACAAAGAGCAAAGACGUAUUCGAUGCAUCCGAUAUUAGUAGAGAUGAAAUGAAAUUAGAAGCGAACGCAGCUCACCACUUGGAUGAUAACAAAACUGAAGUGCUAGCCAAAAUUUUGGAACAAAGGCAGAAAGAACCCCCAAAUCUAAGUGUAUUGACCGACGGAUCCCAAGCGUCUACUCGCAGCCAAAUUUCUGAACCGGGUUCCAAACAGUCUUCAGAAAAAGGGUCAACCAAGUUUAAUACUACCGGUGAAGUCAUUGAAGGAAGAAAUGUUGAUGGUUUGCUCCCAGUUAUUGCCAGUGGCAAACGACCACCGGAGUGUCCUUACAAGGGAAAAUUACAAUGUUCAUGCCAGCAAUCUAAAAGGCCAGCAGAUGGUCAAAGACAGAUCCAUUACCCUACAUAUACCUCUAAACCGACCAAAAGUCAAGCAAGCAUGGUUUCUGGUAACAGACACUCAAUGUCCCGAUUAGAAGCGACCAUAUCCAAAGAUGUUGAUGAUGUUAAGGAAUGGAUAUCUAGUACCAAAUCAAAACAACAUGAACAGAAUGGAGUUUCAUCGAAAGAAAAUCUUGGUGACGCUAAUGAAGAUGAGGAUGACAUUACUCCAAUAAUGACCAGAAUGCAAGCACUUGGUAAAGAAGUGAUACCGCCUGUAGCUUCAGAUGUACGACACCAUCGAACUCUUACAGACGUACCAGGUUCUCCUCAUGCUAGUUUUCAUACUCGUACUCGCCCAACCUCUCCUCUAUCAUCAAUAUCAAGUGCUCGAGCACGUAAUCGACCAGUAUCACCCCUUUCGCCUGUCUAUCGUGUUCCUCCAGGUUAUAUAUAUCCCAAUGGAACGUGGAAUAAUGUUCAGGGAUGGCAGAACUCUCCAAAUCAUUCUGUUCCGUCCACCUCACCUACUUCUUUGAAUCUCAUGCCAAGUUACCAGAUGUGGACCCAGUCCCCUCCUCGUCAUCAAGGUAGCCCUUUCGCAACUUCUUACAAGUCGCUACCAAUUCCACCAGUUAGAAGAUCGGAAGACUAUUAUCAGCAACGUCGUUAG